AUUAUUGUCGUUGUUGUUGUUGUUGUCUCUGCUGAUUGUAAGACGAGCCAGAGAUGGCAUAGAAUUUGGAAUUGAUCCAUACCUAUCAGCGCAGCCAAGCAGUCUUAUUCCAAUCACCGAUCGUGUGUACUGUCAUUCUCCGCCCUCCAUAUGGCCAAGGCCUUGAGCUCGGAUCAUUCUGAUUUGGGCCUGCCCGGCCCUUGGCCCACGCGCGAGGAAGUGGACCGGGUCUCGCAAAUCUUCCUCAUGGGGCUGGCCAACGAACAGGAGGAUCACGUGGAGCACUCCAGUCUCUGUCACAUUUGCAAUGGCUACUACGGGCCGGCUUUCUUUCCGCCGCAGCCCACGUGCGCCACCUGCCACGCCUUCCUGUACGCCAAUGAUGUGGAUGGAGACCAGGCUCAUUUGCGACAGACCCGGGACGAGUCGGGACAAGAUCCCGAGAAUUCCGAUGAUUCAGACCGGGAUUCGGGCAAUGAGGAAGAAAUCCCGGAGGAGAUCCCACCUCAGCCCGACGAAGGAGAGCAUGAGCAACAACCCGGCUCGGAGGAUGAAGGUGUCAACGAUGCCGAACCCGGCAUUGCCAAUGAUGCCGUGGAGGAACCGCUGGCCUUCGAUUUCGUCCCAGACGCUCCCAUCAUCCCUCCCGAAGCGGCGCUGCCUCUCCCGGAACCACCUCUUCUGCACAACCAUCCAGAAAACCACGUAGAUCUGUCCCCGGACGAAGUUCUCGCCUUGGGUCAUGAGUUUUAUCGUUUAAAGUUCGGCAUGGACGACGUGGGAGCCGAGAUCUGGCCCCGACCAACCCACGAGGACCAUAAUCAAGAUGAUGAUGGUAUACGGCGACCCGUCUACGUAGAAUCUCUCAGCCAACGACUGGCGCUCCUCACCGAACCACGGCCCAAUGAUGAUGUUCCGCCCGGGAUGAUCGAAUCUCUUCCGCCGGAGGUACUCCUGGCCAUCUUUUCCCAUCUCGACGAUAUCGCCCUCUACGCGGUGGGUAAUGUGUGUCGGCGGUGGCGGAUCGUUUUACGAGAUUACAUUAACUCAAGCCAAUGGAAGACUCUCACAUGCCGUCGAUGGCCAUUGUUCAAACCUUUGAGCCGUGUCAAGGACUGGUUCUCAAUCUAUUCCGCCCUCAUAGAGUCGUCAUUUUGCAUUGCCUGUAUUUAUCAAAUGGCACAGAAUCUACCUAAUUUGGUGGAGGCCCCGCUCCGCAACAAGCGAUUGGUGAAUGAUCUCCGAAAUCUAAUCAAACAUGCGCCUGAUGGAAUCGAGGCUCAACCUUUGGACUCGAAUUACUAUCAUUGGCAAGCUUCCAUCACCGGACCCGUGGGCAGUCCUUAUGAAGGUGGCAAGUUCUUUUUGUACCUCAAAGUUCCAUUUGGAUAUCCGUUCAAGCCACCCGAGGUGCGGUUUAUCACUCGAAUCUUUCAUCCUAAUGUCUCGAGGCAUGGUGACAUUGGAAUAGAUAGCCUCCUCCAGAACAACUGGGUCGUGGCUCUAAACAUUCCCAAGGUGCUCAUAUCCAUUCAGAGCCUUCUCACUGAUCCCUAUUGUCAUGUAUGUAUGGAGCCGGAGAUCGCCGGGCUAUACCGAGAGAAUCGGAGGUUAUUCGAUGGCGUCGCUAGGAAAUGGACCUGGAAAUUUGCAAUGACCGAUGCUUUUCCGUCGGUCUCCAAGCUAUGAGAGAGAAAGAGAGAGAAAUUGGUUCAACGGAAACGAUUGGUAUGUUUCUAUUUGUGAUUGAUUUCAUUUCCGGAUGAAAAAAAUAUACUUUGCAUUGCUUCAUAA